UAUCAUUAUCAAAUGGAGACGAUAACAAAAACUGCAUGCUGUUGCUUGCUCUAGAAUUUGAUGGUCAAAGGGAGUGAGUGAAAGGGAAGAAAGAAUCUGAUAUGGAAGAAAGCAUCACAUUGACAAGAGAGCCUUUUCUUGCCAAAGAACAGCAAACUUCAUCUUCUCUGAUCAAGCAUUUGUAUAUUGGUCACUUCUUAGCUAGAUGGGAUGCCAGGAUGUGGGAAUUCUCUGUUGGUUUAUAUAUGGUCAACAUAUGGCCAGACUCUUUGUUGUAUGCUGCAAUAUAUGGUGCCAUUGAGUCUGCCUCCAUUGCACUGUUUGGCCCCAUAAUUGGAAGAUGGGUUGAUAAGUUGUCUUAUGUGAAGGUUUUGCAGUUGUGGUUGGUGACACAAAAUCUCUCUUUUGUUAUUGCCGGGGCAACUGUAGUUGUUUUACUUGUCAACUCACCUUUGAAGUUUACAAAUUUUUCAGCUUUCACAUUACUGUUAUGGACCAUCAAUAUCUGUGGUGGCAUUGGUGUGCUUUCUACCCUUGCCGGCACAAUCUUGAUUGAAAGAGAAUGGUUGUUAGUUAUAGCGGACGGUCAACCCCCAGAAUUGCUGACAAAGAUGAAUUCAGUUAUGAGACGCAUUGAUCUAACCUGCAAACUUCUUGCUCCAGUUAUUACUGGGUUUAUAAUAAGCUUUGUUUCACUAAAAGCAUCUGCUAUAACUUUAGCACUGUGGAAUACUGUGUCCGUUUGGGUGGAGUAUUGGCUUUUCACAUCUGUAUAUAAUGGGAUUCCAGCAUUAGGCGAAAGUGGCCAGAGGAGGAUGGCAAGACUAUCACAAAGUGAGCAACAAAGAAGCAAUCCAACUUUGGAGGAAGAUAGCUUGCUUUCUGUUACUGCUGGUAGCUCAGAAUUGGUGGAUAGGAAACAAAGUAAUAAACUUCGUGAAAAGAUUUCAGAAAUUCCUUAUGUUGCUGCAUGGAAAGUUUAUUUAAACCAAGAAGUUGCCCUUCCUGGACUGGCUCUGGCUUUGCUAUUUUUCACUGUACUCAGCUUUGGAACUUUGAUGACAGCCACCUUAGAAUGGGAAGGUAUACCUGCAUUUGUUAUUGGAAUGGCAAGAGGAAUAAGUGCUGCGAUUGGAAUUGCAGCAACACUUGCAUAUCCUAUGCUACAGUCUCAAAUAUCAACUAUUAGAGCAGGACUUUGGUCUGUAUGGUCUCAGUGGACUUGCCUCAUUCCAUGUAUAGCUGCAAUAUGGAUCCAUAGGGGCUUUCUAUCAUCAUAUAUUCUUAUGGGAAGUGUAGCCAUUUCUCGCCUUGGAUUGUGGAUGUUUGAUUUGUCUGUGCUUCAGCAAAUGCAGGAUCUUGUUCCUGAAUCUGAUCGUUUGAUUGUUGGGGGUGUCCAGAACUCACUUCAGUCUUUGAUGGACUUAUUAGCCUAUGUUAUGGGAAUCAUAAUUUCUGAUCCACGGGACUUUUGGAAGUUGACAUUUUUAUCAUUUCUAGCAGUCACAUUAGCUGCACUCCUCUACUGCAUCCAUGUAUACCAUGUGCGGAAGCACCUCUUUCACUUUGAUCGUCUAAAGUGGAAUUAAGGUUUGAAAAGCCAUCUUAGGCAACAAAUGUUUUAAGAUUAGGAUGAAGAAAUAUAUACAAUUGUGAAGGAAUGACAGUGUUUGGUCCAAUGGGUAGAAUUGUUCACAAUCAUACUGCUUUUAAAGAAUUAUUUUUGCGUAAGAAUUUCCUUCAAUAAAUGAGACAAUAUAUGUGUGAUCACAUAAAUGAAGGUUUUCAACCUAAAGAACAAUUUCUCUUUUGGCAUCUAAUGUGUAGCAUAUUUGUACCUAAAAGGUAAGAUCAUUAUCAUUUUCGUCAUCUCAAUUGCUUCAGUUGAUUACCCUUUGAAAGCAAAUCUCAUGCCAAAUGCAACAUGAGUGAUUCAAUCAAUAGAGAAUGCUUGAUAUUGUGACCACCUUCAGAAUCUUGUGACAGUCAAACACAGUACAAUUAAGCUCAUAAGGAAGCAUGUACAAGACUUGAAACUCUGGAGACUGGUCUUUCUCCAUUGUGGCUCUUGGAUAUGUUGAACAAAUCACACCCAAACGCUUCCUUUGGUAGCUGUUCAAAAAUCUUCAGUAACGUCAAAAGGAAAGACUCCAACUGUUGAAGUCAGCAAAAGGGUGGAAUCAAGAGCUAAUAUUGGAAUGAAAUGAGUGAUCAAUCAUUGCAGUCCCUAAAUGUCAAAUAAGUUUGUUAACAUGACUACUUAAUAUUAAUGUGCUUGGUAAAAAUAUUCAUCACGUCCCUUUUUUCACUUUGGAUUAAUAUGAUUGGAAAUUUACGCUUUCGGCAUAAGGUUUGGUAUAAGAUGCCGAAAAAAUGCUUCGAAAUUCCGACACUUUGAGUUGGCUUCA